CUUCCAAACACAUUAGAACAGAUCAAUUAGUUGACUAUGGUAAACUAAAGACUUUGGUAGACACUGACCUUUGCCUCUGGCUUUGUUUGCCUGAUGAGCUGUGGAUCACUAUAUUCUCGUUAUUGUACCACAAAGAUCUCUCACAGGUUGCCCAGGUCUGUAGUCAGUUCAGGAGGCUUGCGAGUGAUGAAGCCCUCUGGAGGACAAUUCAGAUAAAAAACUGCCAUUCGCUGAAUGACAACUUCCUGAUAAGUAUAGGUCAGCACCACCCGUGGAGUAUUACUCUGUACCGCUGUCAAGAUGAAACCCAGGAAGUUACCGCCAGUGGAGUAAGGGAACUCUUUAGGCAAUGUAAAGACUCACUUAAGGAAUUAAAUGUAACAAGCUGCACUGGACAUAUAUUCAAAGGAGAUAUUGUUCUACAACAUGCAAGUGCUUUUUGCAAUCACUUGACAUCUGUGGACAUCAGCUGGACAGGAGCUAGUGACAAUGGCAUCCUUCCCUUGGUGGAAACUUCUGACAGCCUCCAGAAUUUGUCUGUCAAUGGAUGCCAAAUCACAGAUGAUUCAAUAACAGCAAUGGCCAAAAAGCAUGGAAAAAGAUUAAAAAGUUUGGAGGUGUUUGGCUGCCACGCUUUAACUGCACCAUGCAUGACUUACAUGGCCAGAGAAUGCCCUAACCUACAAAUUCUGAACAUGGGCCGACUUCCAAAAAUCACAGAUACCUGCCUAGCCCAGAUGAUGUCUAAUCUCAAAAGCCUGAGAUCACUCAAUGUAACAGGACUAACUGUGAUAAGAGAUCGGGUUCUUCAUCACAUUGUGAGGCAAUGUCCAAAACUAGAAAGGUUGACAAUCAGCUCUUGUCCACUCUUAACCGAUGUAAGCCUUAUUGAGAUCAGCACUUACCUCCAGACAAUACAGUACCUUGAUGUCAGUGGCUGUAAGAAAGUGACAGACACAGGAGUCCAGGCAUUGGCCAUGAGCUGUCAUCAACUUCAGUACCUUGAUCUUAGCUCCACAGAAACAGGCCACAGAGGUGUUUGCUUGCUGGCUAGCUACUGCAAAAAUCUGGAAUGUGUGAAGCUUAGUUUCUGCAAGGAAAUAUCCCAGGAUGCAGUCAAAAAACUCUGCAAGAGUUGCAUAAAAUUAAAGCUACUUCAUCUGUAUGGUUGCCGCACCAUGUACGAUCUAAAAGCCAUUAAAGACACAAACAAAAAUGUUAAGGUACAUCAUGACCUUUCUGUCCAUUCUUCACAUCAGGCCUGAAGGAAUAAAUGAUGAUUGUUGCUGCCUUCAAAUGAACAGUUUAUACAAUAGUGUAAUGCCUGCAAGUCUGAAGAGUCAGUCACUGCUUUAAUUUUGUCCUAAGAACUCUUCAGCUACUGGGCUUCCGGAUUCGGGAGUUUAUAUCAAGUGGCAAUGUAAUUGGAACAAUUAAAUGUGCAGAUUUCAAUAAGAGAGCAAUUUUAUUUUUCUGCCAGCCAGAGUAACUUCUAGAAUUAUGUAAUCACAUUACUUAGCAAUGUGAGUACAUUUCUACAAGCUUUUGGCUUCAUUUGUGAUAUAGACAUAAUCAACAGUAUAUACAUUUAAAUAAAUAUGUGGAUGGUGCACCAAGCUUCUUUUGCCUGUUUUAAGGACAGAUAGGCAGACAGAUGGAAUAUAUAUGUAGCUGUUUCUAUAUCAUACAGAAACUACAUAACCGGCACUUGUAAAUUUGCUGUAGAUUGUUACCAUUAAAGGAAUCUUUUUUAUAUUUUAAUAUUUGUGGUAUAUGCAAAUGUUGUUCUCAUGUUUAUGAACUGACAGUGAUAUUCAAGAAUAAUAAUUUUCUCACAGAAUAAAAUUCUAAAUGAAUAUGUUGGAUACAGACCAAGUGUUUUAAUCACAGAUGAGAGGAGAUAAAUGUUCAGUCUUAUUUUACUAGAAAAAGCUGGGCCACCGUACCAUGUACAAAUGUUUUUCUGUGUGAAAACUGUGUUCAGAUCAUUAACACAUACAGCAUAAUACAGUUCACAUUGCUUCACACAAUAAGCCUUGUGCACAUGUAUCUUCUGGAAAGUCUCAAA